CCAUCGCCGCUCCAUCUACCUACUACCAAAUCCCAAAAUUCAGUUGACAUUCACUCCUCUGCCCUCUUCUACUCUCCUCGUUUUCUCCGCUCAAUUCCAAUUCCAAUUCCCCUCUUUCAUCUGCUCUUCAAUCGGACCCAAUCCGAUCGACGAACAAUUCCGGGAAAUGGGUAGCGGGGAAAAGGUUUUCACCUUGAAGGAAGUCGCCGAGCACAACAACCACAGGGAUUGUUGGCUCAUCAUCAGUGGCAAGGUAUAUGAUGUGACCAAAUUCUUAGAAGACCAUCCUGGUGGUGAUGACGUUUUGUUAUCAGCUACAGGAAAAGAUGCGACCGACGAUUUUGAAGACGUGGGGCAUAGUGACAAUGCAAGAGAAAUGAUGGAUCAAUACUAUGUCGGGGAGAUUGAUGGUUCAACAAUUCCCAAGAAGGUCACAUACACACCUCCAAAACAGCCUCACUACAAUCAGGACAAGACAUCUGAGUUCAUCAUCAAGCUCCUCCAGUUCCUCGUUCCGCUUGCCAUUUUGGGAUUGGCAGUUGCCAUUCGGUUCUACACCAAACAAGCUUGAGGAACUGGUUCUUGAUUUGUUGAGGACUUCUUGAAGCAAACUGGCCCACCCUACAACUAAAAUGUUUCUAUCCAGGUGAAUCUGCAUUUUUUUUUUCCUUUUAUGAGACCUCCCAGACCUUCUUAUUUGAGAUAAUAUCCACUUUCCAUAUAUAUAACUGUUGAAUGAUUGGAACAACCCAUACUUGGGGCAGGAAACUCAGAAAAUCUUUAAUAUUUUAAGUGGACAUCACGAUAUAUUUAAGGUUUAAAUGCUCUUUUAGCUUUGAUUCA